AUGGGCAAAAAAAACAGAAAACACCCAGCACAAAGGAGCAGCGUAGGAACCAGUGUUCGUGCCCUUAACUGCCUCUCUUUGUACCGCAGGAACAUCGUCGCCACGGUGAAUCUGUGCUGCCCGCUGGAUCUUCGCCAAAUCGCGCUGCGGGCGCGGAACGCCGAGUACAACCCGCGCAGAUUUGCCGCCGUCAUUAUGCGCAUACGGGAGCCCCGCACCACGGCACUAUUGUUCCGAUCAGGAAAAAUUGUAUGCACCGGGGCCAGAAGUGAACUCCAGGCCCGUACAGCAGCGAGGAAGUUUGCGCGCAUCGCACAGAAAUUGGGCUACGACGCGAAGUUCCAUGAUUUCAAGGUCCAGAACAUCGUAGCCAGCUGCGACGUUGGCUUCUCCAUAAAGCUGGAAAGCUUGGCCCUCAACCACGCGCAAUUUUCGUGCUACGAGCCUGAGCUGUUCCCGGGACUGGUGUACCGCAUGGUGAAGCCCUGCAUCUUGCUCCUUGUGUUCGUAUCCGGAAAGGUGGUACUUACCGGGGCUAAGCUGCGGGAGGACAUCUACAAGGCAUUCGAAAACAUCUACCCCAUCCUGAAGAAAUAUCAGUCCAUGUGAAACGAUUCUCGCAAGGCUACUAU